AUGAUCUAUGAUCAUCAUCAACUACCACCAGUUAUUAAACAUAUGCCGUUUCAAAAAUAUUCAAAUAUAGAACAAGCUUUAUUUACACGUUUAGUUCGUCUUGAUGUACCAACCAUUGAUUUAGAUACACAAAGUUGUAUACGAGCAGUACUUUGUUCAUUAUAUAAUUGGCAUUGUAAAAAUAUCGAAAAUUUAGAACAUGUUUUACAACAAAAAGAAUUUAAAACAACAAAUGUCGAAUUUGUUUAUGAUUGUCAAUUAAUUAAUGUAGCAAAUUUCAAUGAUGUUGGCGUAUCAGAAGGAAUUCCACAUUUUUGUGUACUCAAAAAGUGA